CUUUCUAAAUAUAGAAAGUUUGGAGUGUAGAAUGAGAAUUUUAAAAUGUCAAUAACAAUUCCCUUCUUCUUUUGUCCUAAUCCUCUCGGUUUUAGUCAUAUGUUCAACACUGACAUCUAUAUAUAUUUUUAUCCACGCUUAAAAUUCGACUUCCAUCAGCCUCUUGACCCUUUUGAGUAGAGUCUUUCAACUACACCAUUUAAGCUCGAUUGAUCAGUUUUUGCUGCGGCUGCAUUUCGGGUUCCUCCUGUUGAUCUCUCCGUCUCUUUCUCUCUCUCUCUUGAUUAACCAGUGUUCGUAAUAACAGCUAGCUAGAAAAGCGAAUUGAAGUAGCUGCUUUUAGCUUCUGAGACAGACACUUGAAGAAGGAAGCAAGAUGAAUGCAUUAGUGGCAACGAACAGAAACUUUAAGUUGGCUGCUCGGCUUUUGGGAUUGGACUCCAAGCUUGAGAAAAGUUUACUUAUACCAUUUAGGGAAAUCAAGGUUGAGUGUACCAUACCGAAAGACGAUGGCAGUUUGGCUUCAUUUGUUGGCUUCAGGGUUCAACAUGACAAUGCUAGAGGCCCAAUGAAGGGAGGAAUCAGAUAUCACCCAGAGGUUGAUCCAGAUGAGGUGAAUGCUUUAGCACAGCUGAUGACAUGGAAGACGGCAGUAGCCAACAUUCCAUAUGGGGGUGCCAAAGGGGGCAUAGGAUGUAAUCCAGGGGAGUUGAGUCUUUCCGAACUAGAGCGACUCACCAGAGUUUUCACACAAAAGAUACACGAUCUUAUCGGAAUCCACACCGAUGUUCCAGCACCAGAUAUGGGGACAGGUCCACAGACCAUGGCAUGGAUACUAGACGAGUACUCGAAGUUUCAUGGCUACUCACCUGCAGUAGUGACUGGAAAACCUAUUGACCUUGGUGGAUCACUAGGAAGAGAUGCAGCAACCGGAAGAGGAGUACUUUUUGCGACUGAGGCCUUACUCAAUGAGCAUGGAAAGAGCAUCUCCGGACAACGGUUUGUCAUACAGGGUUUCGGGAACGUAGGCUCGUGGGCCGCCCAGCUAAUCCAUGAGAGUGGUGGCAAAAUAGUUGCAGUGAGUGACAUCACUGGAGCCCUAAAGAACAGCAAAGGAAUUGACAUUCCAAGCCUGGUCAAGCAUGUCAAGGACAACAGGGGAGUCAAGGGCUUCCAUGGUGGGGAUCCAAUAGAACCCUGCUCAAUCUUGGUUGAAGACUGUGACAUUCUCAUUCCAGCAGCCCUCGGAGGUGUCAUCAACAAGGAAAAUGCAAAUGACAUAAGGGCUAAGUUUAUAAUCGAAGCGGCUAAUCAUCCCACUGACCCUGAGGCUGAUGAGAUCCUGUCAAAGAAGGGUGUUGUCAUUCUUCCUGAUAUAUAUGCAAACUCAGGAGGAGUUACUGUUAGUUACUUUGAGUGGGUGCAGAACAUUCAAGGAUUCUUGUGGGAUGAAGAGAAGGUGAACAAUGAGCUCAAGACAUACAUGACCAAAGGCUUCAAAGGUGUGAAGGAGAUGUGCAAAACCCACAACUGCGACCUCCGGAUGGGAGCCUUCACGCUCGGAGUUAACCGCGUUGCAAGGGCGACUGUCCUCAGAGGGUGGGAGGCCUGAGACUGAACCUGAGCCUGAGACACUGAAUAAAGAUGAGGGCUCUCGAAUGAGACUCCAUUUCGUUUUUUCUGAUUUGGUAUUUUAAUACCGUACGUACGUAGCAUUUAAAUAACUUCAACUGCCAUUGCUGUUGCCUCCCAAUUGGCAACAUAGCAAGUAGUUAAUUUGUUGCUACUUGCCACUGGCUGAACCACCUUGAGUAACUUGUGUAAACUCAUAUAUUACAGUUUAAAAUAAUGCCUCGUCCCUCUUUCUUGUA